CUCAGAUCUUGAGCCUUUUUGCCUUUCAUCUCCUCAGCUCCCUUUGAAGUUCAGCAGGACUGCAAGGCAUCCAAAGGAAGGAUUCUCAGACAAAAUUUUACUCAUAUCAGCAGAAUCACAAGGAUUUGUGCAAGUAUUUGUGUGUGCAAAGGAUUUCAGCAUUAGACCUUUCAUACCUCAGCAGCACAGAGCACAGGACUGUCUUAUUUGUGAGGCUGGAAAUCUAUACAUCUAUCUCAAACCAUGUGUGCAACAAGAUUACAAGUAACAGUCUUGGAAUUACUUCCUGGGAAUUUUAGAGCCAAAAGUGAACUCUGUAAUUAUCUCACCCCAUUGCAGGACAAGACUUCCCCAGGAGUUGCUGAAGUGACUUUUGUGGAAAAGGAGCCAGCUGAACGCCACACAAUCGUCUCUUGGGAGCAAAAAAACUCCUGUGUAUUACCUGAGGACUUAAAGAACUUCUAUCUGAUGACUGAUGGCUUCCAGAUGACCUGGAGUGUGAAGACUGAUGAUACCCCAAUGCCCCUGGGCUCCAUGGUGAUUAACAGUGUCUCAAAGCUGUGUCGGCUUGGGGGUUCCUCUGUGUACACUCUGCCUAGUGCUCCAACUCUUGCUGACCUGGAAGAUGACACAGAUGAGGAAGGUAAUGGAGACAAACCAGAGAAGCCACACUUUGAUUCUCGUAGUCUUAUCUUUGAAUUAGACCCAUGCAAUGGGAAUGGGAAAGUCUGUCUUGUUUAUAAGCAUGCUGAACCAGUGGUCUCCCCAGACACAGAGAUCUGGUUCCUGGACAGAGCUCUGUAUUGGCAUUUCCUCACCAAAACCUUCACAGCCUACUACCGCCUGCUCAUCACCCACCUGGGUCUCCCACAGUGGCAGUAUGCCUUCACCAGCUAUGGGGUCAGCCCCCAGGCCAAGCAAUGGUUUAACAUGUAUAAACCCAUAACCAUCAACACUGCACUCCUGUCUGAAGAAGCUGACUCCUUUGUGAACAAGCUGGACCCCAAUAAGGUAUUUAAAAGCAAGAACAAAACUCCAGUGCUCAAGAAGAAACCACCUUCACAGCCACCAGGCUCCCAAAAGAGUCACACGAGCACAACAUCUGCCAAGACAUCCUCAGUAGCUGGGAAUUCUUCAAGGAAGUGAGCCCGCCAGAACUGACCCUGGGUAACAUUUGCAGUAAGUUUUGAUGUUUUCUGCUGCAGAGUCUUAGUGGUUCAGACCAAGUUCCUUGUGCAUGAAUAGAUGUGCCCAUGGAAAACACAUUGCAGCUCUUGCAUGAAAUAUAGCUGUGAUGUGGAUGUAGUUCCUGGAGACUGUUAAAAAAAAAAAAAACUUGAUACAAGUUUCUUCUGCUACUUGCAGCAUGUACUUUUCAGAGGGCAUGAAGAAGCCUUUGAUGUCACUGCUCCAUAAGGAAGCUUUUGUACAGCUGCAGCAGUGAAAUGAAAGCAAAUGUAAUUCACUGUAACUUUAACAGACCCAUGCUGAAGUAGAGGGUGUGAAGAUGUUUCUACCCUGUCCUUUGACAGAAAACUGUCCUGACCUUGCAUGCUGUCGGAGCAAACUGGAACCCACUAAACACAGAAGUAUUUUUCACUCCAGAUAGAAUCAAACUCUGCACAUCCCUGUGUUUCAUCCAACUUCUGCUCUGAAAUUCAUGGUACAACGGGACUCAGGACUUCAUAUCUCUGCAUUAGUCUAGUCACAUGCUCUGCAUCCCAGACCACUUUUUGGCCUUUGUGCUGUAUCUUUUCAGAUAGUGACAUGAUUUAAAUAAUGCUGAAGCAGAAACUGCAAGAUCCUUUAUUGCCUCCCUUUUGUGGGAACUGCUGAGCAGAGAGUCAAUGGUGUUGAGUCUCAUCAGCCAGGAGGACCCCUUGGUUUGCCACACAUUCAUCUGCAAAGCUCACAAUUGAAACAGACACAUUUCAGUUGGGCAGGAUCUCACCAGGGGCCACUGAGAUCCUACUGCCUUAGAAGCCCCUGAUGAUGUUUUUUGUACUGUAAGUUUUCAGGUUAGAGCUGCACUUUAACCCAUUCACUGCUGGUUUUCAGUUACU